AUGUUUUCAAAUCUUUCCAAGUUUACUUCCAUUAUUGCACUCGCUUUGCUUCCACUUGUCUCAGCGGACACUGCUCCGUUCGAUGACUGGGACCACGGUCGAGUUCAGUUAAGUAACGUGAGCAUUCAUUUCCGCUACGCGGGAAGUGGACCUCCUUUACUACUUGUUCACGGAAACCCGCAACACAGCUACACAUGGCGUCGUAUGGGUCCUAUUCUCGCCUCUCAUUUCACAGUUAUUGCUCCUGAUAACCGAGGCGCUGGAGAUAGCUCUAUCCCAGCAAACAACGACUAUAGCUCUGAAGCAAUGGCUUCAGACCUCAAGGGUCUUCUAGACUUUCUAAAACUCAACCAAACCUUAGUGUUCUCUCAUGAUAAAGGCGUAGGCGCAGCAUCUGCCCUAGCAGUCCUUUUCCCAGACUCGGUUACGUCGCUUGGUAUAUCUGAAUAUGGCUUACCAGGAUACGGAUACGAGGGUUUAUCUUGUCCCUCUCCCACAUGGGAUCUCUACACCAACUGGCAACUGGCAUUUUUUAGCGUGCCGGAUGCAGCAGAGUUCUUUAUUCGCGGCCGAGAAAAGGAAAUGCUGUCCUGGUAUUUUUAUCACAGCAGCUACAGUGGUAACGAGGCGAUUCCGGACGACGUUCUCCAGCGUUAUGCGAAUAGUAUUAGCAAACCAGGCUUUUUACGCAGCAUGCUGGGUCCUUUUUCUAGCGCCUCAACAACAGCGGACAAUAGUUUCUUCACCAAGGGAUUUGAUGGCUCAACUUUCAAGAUGCCUCUCCUUGCCCUGGGUGGUGAAGCAAGCCUUGCACCAGAGAGUGUAUUGAAGCAACUGUGGGGCAAUCUCAGCCAUAACGCAACAUAUGACAUAGUUCCAAAGGCCGGCCAUUGGAUCGCAGAUGAGAAUCCUGAAUGGGUUGCGCAGCGCCUGGUGGAGUUCUUUGGGAGUGCGGCAUCUACCUUGAAACCGGCAAACCUCACAUGGCUGAGCAACAAGGUAACUCUUGUUUAA